AUGAGGUGGCGUGAUAUAGAGUUUUCUAUCGGUGAUCAGGUGUUCUUAAAAGUGUCGCCGAUGAAGGGAGUAAUGCGGUUUGGUAAAAAGGAGAAACUUGGUCCCCAUUUCAUUGGACCUUACGAGAUUGUUAGGAAAGUUGGGAUGGUGGCUUAUGAAUUGAAGUUACCAUCCGAUACGACCAUGGGGCAUCCUGUGUUUCACAUUUUGAUGUUGAGGUUGUACAAACCUGAUCCUUCCCAUAUGUUGAAUCAUGAAGAGAUUGAAAUCAAUGAAGGGCUAUCUUAUGAGGAGGAACCAGUUCAGAUUCUAGAUCGUCAAGUUACAAGGUUGAGGACGAAGGAUGUGGCAUCGAUCAAGGUUUUGUGA